UUUGACGCGACGUGUUUUGGAGCUAAUCUGCUGCAGCGGCUGUCCGAGCUCGGCUGGUGGUGGAAGUAGAGCACCGUGAACAGAAACAAGUAACCUGACCUCAGAUUGGAGCAUCAUGUCCGUAUUAAGUGGAAAGGUCCAGACCGUCCUGGGUCUUGUGGAUCCAGACCAGUUGGGCCGCACCAUGACCCACGAGCACCUGGUCAUGAGCUUUGAGUGCAGCUACACCGCACCUCCACCUGGUGACGAGGCUGUGGCAGAAAACCCGUUCCAGAUGCAGCACAUGCACUGGCUCCGGCAACACCCCUACAGCUGCAGGGAGAACUUGUUCCUGUCACAGGAGCUAAGCGCCCUGCGGGAUGAGCUGCUGGCCUACAGGAAGGCCGGUGGGGGCACAAUAGUGGAGAACACCACGACGGGCAUCGACCGGGACCUGCCUGCCCUACGACAGCUGGCCAAGGACACCGGGGUCCACAUCAUUGCCGGGGCGGGGUACUAUAUAGACUGCACCCACACUGAGGCCACCAAAAAAACAAGUGUGGAGAAGCUCACGGAUAAUAUAGUCAGCGAGGUGCUCCACGGUGCUGAUGGCACAGACAUCCGAUGCGGCGUCAUCGGUGAGAUCGGCACCGGCUGGCCCAUCACGGAGAGCGAGAAGAAGGUGUUGAGAGCCACGGCCCACGCUCAGUCUCAGCUGGGUUGCCCGGUUAUCAUCCAUCCUGGCAGGGACCCGGCUGCUCCAGCUGAGGUCGUCCGGAUUCUCCAAGAAGCCGGCGGUGACAUUAGAAAAACUGUCAUGUCUCACCUGGAUAGGACUAUAUUUGAUGAAGGAGAGCUGCUUGAGUUUGCAAACAUGGGGAGUUAUCUGGAGUACGACCUGUUCGGAACGGAGAUGCUGAAUUACCCGUUUAACCUAAAAGUGGACAUGCCCAGCGACAGCCAGCGAGUGAAAACUUUGGCUUUUCUAGUGAAGGAGGGCUAUGAGGACAAGGUACUGAUGGCCCACGACAUCCACACCAAGAACCGUCUGACCAAGUUUGGCGGCCACGGCUACUCCCAUAUUCUCAAGAACAUCGUGCCGAAGAUGCUGACGAGAGGCAUCACUCAGCACCAGGUGGACAAAAUUCUAAUCGACAACCCUAAAUGCUGGCUGACCUUCAAAUAAAACAGACAAAGGAAUAAUGGAAGCUGAUUUGACAGAGCUGUGAUUUUAUUUUUUUAGCGUCACACAAUGAACAUUUUGAGAUUAUUACGAUAAUCACAACCAUUUGUUUAACCCACAAUGGCUAAACAUAAAUAGUGCUAGUAAUUUUUUUCUGUGUUUUGUAAACAUAAUUUUGUACUGCAGAUUGUUCAGAUGAAGAACUUUUAUAAAUAUGUAUAAAUAUUUUAAAUUAAAUCUUGAGGUCUACUAAUGAAGGAGCCAGUUUUCCCUUGACUGACUCUCAUCGGUAUUCGGCAGAUCAAAUACUGAGGAAUAUGACUUUAGUUUUCCUGUUUAUUACAUGUAUCAAAGCUCAGUUGUCUUUAAUGUUUAAUAACCAACAAGAUGCACUUCUUUAUUGAUUUUAACCAAAAACAGAUAUGAUUUUUGAUGUAUGGAAGUGUUCUGAAAAAAGUGUAAUUGAGGGAUCUCUAAUGUGGUGUGUCAUUUACUUUGUGAUUUUUUUCACUUUGUUGUCAAGACUUAUAAUUUCCCCUCUGUUUCAUGUACUUUUUCCGCUGUGGUCUCCUCAACUGAUUUAAAUCAAAAAUGCACUGAUCUAUUAGUCUAUUGUAAAUGGUAAAUAGGCUGUACUUGUAGUGUUUUAUGAAGUCCAGAGGACCCAAAACACUUCACACUACAUUCAGUCAUUCACACACAUGUUCACAUGCUAAUGUUAUGUUUAUCAAAAUCAGAUGGGACAUGUGCUUUUAUGCAUCAAGAAUAAAAUAAUGCUGUUAUUUUGUCCUAGUACAGUAAUUUAUUAUUAUUUCUUUUCAUCUUGAUCUGUCAGUUCUAAAAUUGCCUGGUCAGACCUCAAAAACUCAAACUUGGUAUUAGUCAUCAAAAGCCUAAUCUACAAGAAAAAAACAUUUUUCUUUCCACUUUUUAUCAUGCAUUAGUCACUUUGCAAAGGAGUUUUGCUCAAUAUUUGUGUUUUACAUGUGCUUUUUCUUUUCUUGUUUUGGUCUCAUUGGUUGGUCAAUAUUAGCAAUAACACCAAACGGUCAGCCAGAAAUUGGAAUCAGCUUGCUAUGGUUCUUAAGAAAAUUUUUUUUUUUUAAACACCAGACAAAAUCAGCAAAUCAGACCUAAAUGAAAACACACACAAAUCUAUCGACUAUAGAAAACUUGAUCAGUGCAUCUCUUAAACUAUUUGAUUUGUAUUUGUGAUUAUUAGUCAUUGC